GGCGGGCGGUUGCCGUGGCAGCGGUGUCGGGGCCGCCAUGGAGGCGCUGACGGAGCUGUACGACCAGGCGCUGCUCGGCAUCCUGCAGCACGUCGGCGGCGUCGACGAGUUCCUGCGCGUCCUCUUCGGCUUCCUCUACCGAAAAACCGACUUCUACCGCCUCCUGCUGCGGCCCCGGGGGACCGCCCUCGGCUUCCCGCCCGGCGCCGCCCAGGCCAUGGCCCUGCAGGCGUUCCAAGUCUUCGAGCGGAUGGCCCGGCAGGACGACGAGAAGAGGCACCGAGAGCUGGAGGCGAAGCUGCGGAAGAAAGAAGAGGAGGAGGAGGCCGCCGAGAGGGUGCGAGUGGCCCCGGCCGCCCAGGAGGUCGAGGUGGAGACCACGGUGGAGCCCGGCCCCGCGGGGGAGGCGGCGGGGCCGCAGGAUUCGGCCGCCCCGGCAGCGCCCAGCCCAGCGCCGGCGGAGCCCCCGGGGGCCGCUGCCCCCGCGCAGCCCCAGCCCGCAGAGCUGCCCACGAGACAGGAGCAGUUCCAGACAAACCCCGACAGCUACAACGGGGCCGUGCGAGAGAACUACGCCUGGUCCCAAGACUACAGCGACCUGGAGAUUAAAGUGCCGGUGCCCAAGCACAUCGUAAAGGGCAAACAGGUGUCUGUGGAUAUCAGCAGCGGUGCGAUUCGCGUAGCGGUGCUGGAGGGCAGCAGCCAGCGUGUCCUCAUGGAAGGGAAGCUCACGCACAAGAUCAACACGGAGAGUUCCCUCUGGAGCCUGGAGCCGGGGAAGUGCGUUUUGAUCAACCUGAACAAAGGGGACGAGUACUGGUGGAACGCCAUCCUGGAGGGCGAGGAGCAGAUCGACAUCGACAAGAUCAACAAGGAGCGCUCCAUGGCCACGGUGGACGAGGAGGAGCACGCCGUGCUCGACCGCCUCACCUUCGACUACCACCAGAAGCUGCAGGGCAAGCCGCAGAGCCACGAGCUGAAGGUGCACGAGAUGCUGAAGAAGGGCUGGGACACCGAGGGCUCCCCCUUCCGCGGCCAGAAGUUCGACCCCUCCAUGUUCAACAUCUCCCCCGGCGCCGUGCAGUUUUGACCCCGGCGAAAAGCGGCCGAGCGACGAGGCGAAGAGAGAGGAGAAAACCCACCCGAAAACCGCCGCGGGACUCGGGGCCUCGCGCCCGGCGCCCCCAAACCCCUCGCCAACGGCCGGGCCGCGCACCCGCAUCCCUCGGCACCGGCACCGGCACCGGCCGGGCUCGGCGUUUCCACGUGCGUGCGGAAAAUGCAGAUUUACACCCCGUCACCACGGCAACCCGAGCGGCUGGGACCCUUCUCCUCGCCUCGCCUCGCGCUGGCGACGGCUCUGUUGUUUUUCAGGAAUAGACGGAGCCUCGCUGGGUGACAUAAUUAUUAUUUUUGGUGGCUCAGGAUCCUGCUGGGUUUUGCUUCUGGGGGGGGCGGAUCCCUCCCUACCCCGGCCCCGCGCCGCUUCGCCCCUCGCACGCAGAGGUGGCCGGGUUGGCCCUGGCAGAGUCUGUGGGGUCGGGGGGCCCCGCGCCCCUCCUGCGCCCGCCCGGCUGCCCUGGGCCCCCCCAGUGUUAUGGGGUCGGGGGCCCUCGUCCCGCCCCCGCCUCCCCUUGGGCUGCAAUAAACGCGUUUCUCUGA